AUGGGCCUUUUUCGAAAAAGUGCCCCAUCUGGCACCACAGACGAGGUCCUGCGCCACAUAUGCGACGAGGGAGCUUCGGCAAAGGAUCCUUCGCAUUCGGGCUUGAAGUGUUGUGAAAGAUCCCGAAAGAAGGAUCUCCCCUUCCCGGUUUCCGGGCAACAUCUGCCUCUUUUGCAUGGAAGGCUGAGGCAUGCUGAGGCUGCGAAAGACUUGCCAAAGCAGUCGCCGACGCAACUGAGUCAUAGCCAAGAGAGCCCGAGAAGUCUUUACGGUGGCCUGCAAACUACUUCUGCAGGGUACUCGCCUGCAAGAGAAAGACGCGGACACAGAACAGCCCUGAAGUCUCGGCUGCUGCCGCAGGAUUGUGGCGAGACCCAGGGGCACAAACAAUGA